AUGUUCCAUGCUUCUCCGACUACAGGGGACGAUCUUUCCAUUGCUACCAACCAUACAAUCACCAUCACCACCAAUGAAAAUUCACAUAAUCUUUUCUUUGAUACGGAAGAACUGUUAGAUGCUCUGAGACAAUUUCCAAUUGCUCUUCUCAAAACAGUCACGGAAAUUGCAGAUGCUAGAAAAAAGGAACAGGCUCUGGAAGAGGAUCUAUCCGAAGAGAAUCAUACAUCCGUCAUAUCAGAAGACAUUGAAACUGAUAGCGAUGAUGAUGAGGCUUCAUGUCAUCAUCAACCCGUGUCGCUAUAUUCUUCGCUUGCCAUCCCUCAUGGAAGUGGAGGAGGAGGAGGCAGUAAAUCUUCAUCCUCAUCAUCUGCACAUUCUUUCAAACUCAAUAUGGCUAGCCUUGCAAAGAGUGCUAGCAGUCAUAAUUUAGAUCCAAAUAAUAAUAUUAACAACAAUCAUGGUGCAAGUUCAAACUCAAGUUUAUAUGAACCUAUGAGUGCUUUGAAAAAGUUACCCAGUGCACUCCGAUUUGAAACACCAUACAGCAGCAGUAGUGGUGGUGGUGGUGGUCCGAAAACUCCUCGUAGUGGUGGAGCAGGAGGAACAACAACAACCUCUCGAUCGACCACAUCAAGCAUGACAUCACCACGCAAUACUUCUCCUACGAAUCAUAAUCAUCAUUCCAACAGUAAUAAUUCUAUUUCAAAUCAUAAUAGUAGUAGCGCUGCUAGUACAACGACUAGUAGUAGUAGUAGUGGUAGUAGUGGUCCGACUACUGCUGUUGAUUCUGAACAACACCAGAGCGACAGUGCCGAUAGCGCAAUCACAGCACAAACCGAUCAACAACAACAACAAGAUUCGAAAAAUACUACGAAUAGUAGUAGUGGUCGUACAACAACAACAACCUCAACAACAGGCAUAUAUGUCAACGACUCAAAUAAUGAAUCCAAUGCAGCCACGACAGGAAAGGAUCCAUCCAUAACCACUACCACCACCACCACCACCACUGUUUUGGAUUCCAAGUGGAUACCAACAAGCAGCACACAAAACACAGAUUCUACUGGUGUUGAACAAAAAGAUUCAUCUUCCCAACAACAACAACAACAACCUGCUGGCAUGACAAAAGCCAAACAAAGUGAUGAUUUUGUUCCUCACCCACUUUUCACACCCUCCUCAGAUUUCAUUCAAAUGUCAACUUCAGAUAUUCAACGAGAGUUUAGAGAUGUUUCUGUGGCAGCUCUACCAGGAGGAGUUAUUUAUCAAAAAAACCUUCAAGAAAAAUCAGUUCAAGAAUUUCAUGAACAAAUUCGAGCAACACUAAGUAAUGCUAUUCAAGAUCCAGCAUUGAAAUACAUUAGUGCACCAUUUUUAGAUACCAAACCAGUAUUAUCGAUACAGAAACAACAACAACAUGUGAGAAAUGAUUUGGAUUGGGAAUUGGAAAAUUCUUCUAAAGUUGGAUUAAGUAGUUCUGCAACGAAACGAAUGAUUUUGGAUUCUAUUGGAAGCACAAGUUCCAUGUCCAAUUUCAUGAGUGCAUUUGCAUCGAAUGGAUCUGAUAAUAAUACUACUAAUAGUAACAAUAUCAUAUCAAUGAACAAUGGAUCCACCAAUACGACUGCUCAAACUCAACCUUUAUUACGAAUUGAUGAAACAAGUUCAAAUUCUAAUACUGGCAAUAGUAAUAAUAAUAAUGGAAAACAACCCUUGACACCUCCAUCGAAAAAGUUCUUCAAACCAAGAAGUCACACUUUGGGUCCAAAUGCCAUGAAUAAUUCCAGCAAUAACAAUGGAAGUAUGACUGCUAGAGCUACCAUUGAUAACUCUUCAUCUGCUCCUGUCAAUUCCAUGUCACCUCUCGUGUUGGGAAGUAGUGCACAAGUUUCAUCCUCUGGUGUGACCAAUCAAGAUUUGUUGUACUCGUCGAGCAAAACUUCAGUGGGUGGAUUUCUUCUUUCUACUGCUUCCAAUCCUGAAGGUGGAGCAGGAGGUGGACGCAGAAGUGAUGUUGAUUUGGAAACGACAGAAGUGGUGGACUUUGAAGAAGAUGAAGAAGAAGAAACCUUUGCAGACACGGAUUUGAAUUUUAGAGAAAUUUCUGAAAAGAUGUAUGAAGAUACAACACAUCGAGUGGCCUCCGUGUACAAUCCAUUCUUUAGAAUUGGUUCCAUUGAAGAGGAUGUGUGUAAACGACCUUUGAUCGCUACUCAUCCGUAUCAACCCGAUCAAUCGUACAAGGUUCUCAUUUCUGUGAAUGGAAUGACUUUGGAUCAUCAUCCUUCGACUCUGAUGGAACCACUCUAUGCCAGUUUGUAUUUGUAUGAUAAGAGGAAGGAAUCUCGAGUCUCUGAAGAAUUUAAAUUCACUCUCAAUACGGAUCCAAACACAUUGAAACAAUUGGGAAUUGAAAAAACAUUCCCCAAAGAUCUCAUCAUGAGUCAUGACCCUAAAAAACUUCAAGCAGUCUUUUCAUUGAAAGAGAAGAAUCCAAAUAUUUAUUUGGUGUUGUGGGUCAAGAGAAUUUUCAGUGAUGGCACCACCACUGAUUUCUACACCACAACCACCACCCAAUCCACAUGGUCCAGCAGUACUAGCAGUAAGAAUGAAUCUGCCAAAAAGUCCAUGAAUGAAAAACUUCGUACCAUUUAUUGUUUUUUAGAUCAUUUGCGAAGUCCAUUCAUGUGCUCGGCUGAACCACUCUUUGAAGAGAAGAGAGAAUCGGUCAUUUCCAAUGAACUCAAAGUUAACCACUAUGAAAAUGAUUCAUCCAAUCACCUCACUAGUGAGAUUUCAAUUCGAAUUGGACGUUUAUCAUUUGAACGUUUAUAUCUAGUUCCUCAUGUGGACGGUAAAAAAGGAAGAUUUAACAUUUGUCGAUUUAUUGAAACUCAGAGAGAGUUGAAACAACAAAAAUUUUCGAAUAUUCGUGUCGAUGCACUCAGUUUGAAAUUAAUUCCAGGACAUUUCUCUGUAUUUGUGAAAAAUGUAACUGAUGAAAAUUAUGAUCAUUAUCAUCACAUUCAUUCAUUGUUCAACACGGGAGUACAUGAAAUUAGAUUAAUGAUGGAUCAUUGCACUCAACCACCACCACCACCACACUCGACUGGCCAGAGCACCACGACGGAUGAUAAUGACAAUACUUUUACAUUUAGUGAUGAUGAUACUUGUCUUUCAUACAAUACCUUCUCUCAGAACUCUUCGAGAGGAGUUGCAACGAAUUCAGUUCCAAGAAUUGAUUUCAAUUUUUCACAUGUCUUGUACAUUCUUCCAGAUUGUUGUAAUUUAACUUCACUUCCAAGUUCCUUCAAAUCGGUUGCAGUGAAAAUCUUCUUAAGAGAUGGCGAUGAAUUGCACAAUGGUGGUAUUCUUGUAGGAACAAGUACCAUCUUUUCGGAUGCAAGUCGAAACUAUCCUGGUGGAACCAUUAUGGACGAUGAAGCAGUGACCAGUGUCACGUAUCAUGAACGAUAUCCUCAGUAUCUUGAUCAAAUUAAGAUACAAUUACCUCUUCCAGUGAAUUCCAAUCAUCAUUUGGUAUUUGAAUUUAGACACAUUUCAACAAAAAGAAGUUUAGAAAUGAAUGGUCCUCUAGGAAAGGCAGAAACCACAGUUUUAGGAUAUUCGAUUUUAAAGUUAAUUGAUGAUGAUGGAUUUACCAAUGGUUUAAAGAAGUUACCCAUUUACAAGUGUACAUCAUUACCCAAUUACUACAUGUCCAAAGGAAUGCCAAUGUAUGCCAAUGGAAAAACUAUUUUCAGAUUCCAUGUCAUUAACAAGUCUAGUUUGUAUCCACCAGAUAAGAAUUCAGCCAUGCUCAUUGCCAAAUCCAACUUGUUAGUCGAUUCUAAGAAUCAUUCUCAAAAUGUUCCAAAGGCAUCUUUCCUCAAUGAACUCAAUAAGGCAUUUGUGUCAUCCGAAUGUGAAGAUUUACUCAAAAUGUUCAGAAAGACAAGUUGGUCACUCGUUCUUCAUCACACUCCCAUUGUGUUGAAUUUAAUGUUUUACAUCUUGUCCAAUUUAAAGGCAAGUGCACUCUCUCAAACACCUUCCUCAGCAGAGAAUUAUUCCAUGAAUCAAAACUCGUUUGGAAUUACUGGAUUUUUCAAAAAGAGAACAGCAACAUUGACAUCCAAGAGCAAACCAAGUGAUAACGGAACUUUGAAACAAGGAACCAUCCAUACGAGUGUGAGUAGUAGUAGUAGUACUACUUCGAGUUCAACCUUUACUUCCUCUCUCUCAACGGUUGCAUUUGAAACUCUAUUAUUACUUGUGAAAGGAAUUUGUUUGAAUUCCAAGGCUGAUUUUUAUGAGAGAGAUGCCUUUCUGAGUUCCUAUAUUUAUUACUUGUUCAAAAUACCUCCAACAACAAGUGCCUCAAGUCUCAACUUUUGUUUAUUGCUGUGUGAGAGAUGGGAAGAUUUUUUCAAAGUGUGUCACUCGAGAGAGACUGAAAAGAGAGCCAAAGAAACAAGUAGUACAUCAACGACAACGACGACUACGACGACUACCACAACGACAACGACCACAACGAAUACGACCACAACGACAACAAUCAUGGAUAGAACCAACACUACGACAAAUUCAUUGGCAACUACUAGUGAUCCUAGAGAAUCGACAAGUAGGAAUCAGCAAUCCAAGAAAAAAUCAAAGAGAUCAAGUGCUUCCAAUGAAAAUUCUGAAUCUUCAACGUCUCAAAGUGGAGAUGAAGAACUCACUGCUUUGGACUCGUUAAAACUUUCUUGGUUUUUAUUUGAUAUUCUUGUGAAGGCCAUGAAAUUUUACAUUCUCAAUGGACAAAAAGAACUUGUCUUUACAGAGACUUUUUAUACCAAGAUGAGAUCCAUGCAAACCAAAUUUAUGGAACGACUCUUAACUUCUUCAGGAGAUCCUAUGAAAUUGAAUUUUGUACGUGCUGUGAAUCGUCAUUUAGCUCUUUUCAUGUGCGACUUGUUGGACAUUUCUCUGAUGAGUCCCAUGCGUGAAGAUACGAGAUUUCGAAAAUUUGUCAAGACUGCUCUCAAUGACUAUGUGUUAACCACACAAUUUAAAUCCUCUCCUGUGGUAGUGGCACUCAAAUUUGAUUUUGCCGAAGUCAUUGUGGAUUACAACAUGUUCGUUGAAGUGAACAUGUGUAGUGAAGUUCCAUUCUUGAUGAAAUUCAUUAUUGGAAUAUUCCAAAAAGCAACCAAACCUAACCUUCGUGAAAUGACUGUGAAAAUGAUUAACAAACUCAUUACCAAAUUGGAUUAUUCCACAAAAUUCCAAUCUGCUCCUGUUCGAAAUGAAAUUUCACGUCUCUUACAACCUCUCUUCUUUGACAUUGCUCAUGUCGAGAAACUCCUCAAGAAUAUGGAUUUGAAUUUACAAUCUCAAUUUGCAGUUUCAUUUUUACAUUGCUUACGAAAUAGAAAGAAGGAAGAUUUACAUGAAUUUUGGAAUCACAAAUCACCCGAUGUGUUGGUGAGCUUUGUCAAGUUGUUAUCCAUUGCCAUCAAUCAUCACAUUUCAUACAAUGUGCGAGUAACGAGAAGAAUGAUCAAAACCAUUGUCCUCGAAGUAUUAACAUGUUUUAUUGAACAAAAAUGGGAAUUAAUGAUUAAGGAAAAUGAAAAGUAUUCCAUUGUGAUUGAAGAAGUUUUACUUUUAAUUAUGAAAUAUAUGGAACAAUUUAAUCAAACUCAACAAGAGAUGAAGAAAAAGACAGAUCCCAUUCUCACGAAUACCAUUCUCGUUCCACUCUUUGUAACCAUUGUACAAAAACUUGUACCAGUAUUUAGUAUUGAUGUCAAUGAUGAUCGAUGGAAAUGGGCAUUGGGAACACUUCUCUCUGUGUGUACCUUCCCAUUGUCACGAGCAGAAAAUGAAACCUAUGUGUUGGAAGCGGUCGAAUGCUUGUUGAGUUCUCACGAUGAAAAAUUAGCAGAAAUUGAAAAGAAUCAUGACAAGUUAAUCAUUGAAGAAGAUUCUGAAAAGAAUAUUGUGAUUGAGAAUAAUGAAAUCAAAGCAGCAACAUUGAACAAACUUGUUGAGAAAAUUACACACUACACGGAUAUGGAUCACAAAUUUAGAGACAUCUUCUUCUUGACCUAUCGAUCGUUUUGUACAGGACAUGUCUUGAUGGACAAACUCAUUGAUCGAUUUUAUUUAACGAGAGAAAUUGAGGUCAAUUGGUCUGAAAAAUCUCUCAAGAUUUUAAUUCGAGUGUUAAAUUCCAUGAAAAUUUGGGUGGAAAAACAUUUUCAUGAUUUUGAUAACUUGUUACUGAUUCGAUUGGUUCGAUUCCUUGACUCGGCAUGUGUUGUGAAAGAAGUGGAACAAACAUGCAAUCUCGUACGCAAAUCUCUCAGUAGCAAACUCAUUAAGGACAACAACAAGGCAGUGAAACAUUCGACCAAUCAGAAAGCGCCCGAACCGAUUCUUCCUGAAAACUUUAGUGAACAUGUUGCAUUUAAUUUAUUGGAAUGGAGUCCUAUUGAAUUUGCUCGUCAAUUAACUCUAUUGGAAUAUGAUGAUUUUCAAAAAAUUGAACCCAAAGAAUGGCUUUCCGGAGCAUGGACCAAAUCCUCCAAGUAUGAAGAGGCCACACACAUUGCUCGUCUCACCGAUCGAUGGAAUCGAAUGACUCAAUUUGUCGCGAGUGCCAUCUUGUCUCAAUCCGAUUUGAAACAACGUCGCAAAUUCAUGAUCAAAUUCAUUCAAGUGGCACAAGCGUUGCGUGAAAUGAAUAAUUAUCAUGGUCUCACUGAAAUUAUGUGUGGUCUCUCCAAUGUCUCGGUGCAUCGAUUGAAAAAGACAUGGAUCACCAUUCCACCCGAAUACAUGAACAUUUAUGAAGAAUUGAGAAAAUUAUGUUCACAGGAACAAGCCAAUAAGAAUAUGAGACAAGCGCUACAACUUUCAACUCCACCGUGCAUUCCUCCUUUGAGCAUGUAUUUGAAAGAUUUAACAUUUAUUAAUGAUGGUAAUGCUGACAAUAUUCGAGAUGGUUUAAUUAAUGUAUUCAAAAGAAGACAAGUUUCUAAAAUUAUUUUGGAAACCAUCAAAGUGAAUCAAAACACUCCCUUCUUAUUUGAAACCAUUGAUUAUAUGAGAAGAGUGAUUAAUCAAAUUCAAACUGCAAGUAUUGAAGAUUACAAACUGUAUACGAGUGGAACGUGUACCAUUCCCACCAUUCAAUCCAUGCUUUCACUUGGAAGUGUUCAAUUAAUGGAUGAUGAUACUUUGUGGGAUCGUUCAUUAGAAUUGGAACCAAGAAGUGUGAAUCCACAACAGUAG